AUGGCGACCAAUGGCCACUUCGCCGCUAUAGGCGUUGAGAGUAGCGAUAAGACAGCUUACGAGCAUGGCGUGCAAGUGAUCGAUGAGAACAAGGAAUUCAAUCCGAACUUGUCCCAGUACCUGGGCGCCGAAAAUGUCACCCCCGCCGGUUUUAACUACCACCUUAUCUCUGUUUUCGGCUCGCAGUCGACCGGUAAAUCGACCUUGCUCAACCAUCUCUUCGGUACCCAUUUCUCGGUGAUGUCCGAGCUGGAGAGACGACAGACCACCAAGGGUAUCUGGAUGUCCAAGAACAAGAAUGGCGAAUCUACAAUGGCGGAUAACAUCCUGGUAAUGGACGUCGAAGGUACAGAUGGUCGCGAGAGAGGAGAGGACCAGGACUUUGAGCGCAAGUCUGCCCUCUUUGCGCUGGCGACCAGUGAAGUCCUCAUCGUCAACAUCUGGGAGCACCAGGUCGGCCUGUACCAAGGCGCAAACAUGGGUCUACUCAAGACCGUGUUUGAAGUCAAUAUGCAGCUUUUCCUGAAGGACAGGAGUACCACCCACCGAUCCCUCCUAUUCUUCGUCAUCCGUGAUUUCGUCGGCACCACGCCGCUUAAGAACCUGCAAAGAACCCUGAUGGAGGAUAUGUCUCGUUUGUGGGAUUCGAUAUCGAAGCCUGCCGGUCUGGAGAAUGCGACCGUACACGACUACUUCGACUUCCAGUUCUAUGGCCUACCGCACAAGAGCUACCAGCCGGAGCAGUUUGUGACCGAAACGAAAAAUUUGAGUCUGCGCUUUCGGGAUGGCCAAAAGGAUAUCAGCCUGGACCCCUUGAAGGGCGAAUUCUCUGAAGGAGGCGUGUUUCUUCCCGAGUAUCACAGACGGAUCCCGGCGGAUGGAUUCUCCAGAUAUGCGGAGGGUAUCUGGGACCAAAUUGUUAACAACAAGGAUUUAGAUCUCCCCACCCAGCAAGAGCUGCUCGCGCAAUUCCGUUGCGACGAGAUCCUGAGGGAGGUCAUGGUCGCGUUUGACGAAGCUAUCAUUCCCUUUGAAGACAAGCAGUCGAAAGCCGCUAGUCUCGGUGAGCCUGAGAUCCUUGGCGGGCUAGGAGCUGCGAUGCGAUCGUCGCGAUCCAAGGCCGUGAAGAACUUUGAGACUGCGGCCAGCCGGUACCACAAAGGCGUUUAUCAGCGCAAACGGGCCGAACUCGAAGGCAAGGUCGAUACUCGCCUGAAGGCACUGUUUCAAGGCCAGCUCAAUGCAACCCACAAGUCCGGUAUUAGCGAGUUCACCGACGCAGUCUCUUCGGCAGUUAAGUCAGGACAGAAGAAGGGUACUGGCUACGAUUUUGCCGAGAUUGUGAAUGAGGAGACGCAGAAGGCAAUGCAGAAGUUUGAAGAGGUCGCCCGUGCUACAGUGAUGGAAGGUACCUCUUGGAGUGAAUACAAGCAGGAGUUGGCCUUGUACGAGAAAGAGCUGGCCGAAGUUAGCGCCCGACUGAGACGCGACGAGAUGCGACGCCUGGCUACCAGGGUUGAGCGAUGGGUCCAGUCCCGUCUGGGCGAGUCUGUGGGCCUCGAGUUCAAUGCGCUGGGCUCCGGCCGGGCUGGCGGCGGUGCUCCGGAAGCUGGCGACAAGCCGACUGAAAAGCAAUUCUGGGAUCGCGUGUGGAACGUAUUCGUCGAAACGGUUCUUGACGCGGAGCGCAGGUUCACCGACCGCGCUAGCAGCUUUGAUGCCAGCUUGGAGGAGGUCGACGUCGGACUUUGGAGACUCCGAAGAAAGUCGUGGGGUGUCCUGCGGGCAAAGAUCGAGGAGGAGAUGAUCGAGGGUAACUUGCUGCUGAAGCUUCGGGAAAACUUCGAGGACAAGUUCCGUUAUGACGAGGCCGGAGUCCCCAGAAUUUGGCGUCCCACCGACGACAUCGAAGGCAUCUACACUCGCGCUCGCGAGUCGACACUCACCCUGAUUCCGCUUCUUUCAAAAUUCCGUCUGGCUGAGACGUCUGCCGCACCUCCGCUGGACCGCUGGAUCGGACAUACGCCUAGCUCUGCCACUCCGGCCGACGAGGAAGACCUACCGCCCAUCGGAGGAGUGGACGAAGAGGAAGGCAAGAGUCUAGAGGAAGAGAUGACAGUCCUUAGCGAUGCCAAGCGACAGGAGCUCACGGUGCGGUUCAAGAAGGCCGCAGACGGUGUGUACGUCGAGGCGAAGCGCAGCGCCAUCGGCGGCAUGACCCAGGUUCCUCUGUACUUCUAUGGUAUUCUCCUUGCACUUGGCUGGAACGAGAUCCUUACUGUUCUCCGCAACCCGGCCUACUUCUUCCUGCUUUUUGUUUGCGCAAUCGGAGCCUACGUGACCUAUCAACUGAACCUGUGGGGGCCCAUCAUGAAGAUGACCGAAGCCGCGUCAAACCAGGCAAUGACCGAGGGCAAGAAGCGACUGCGGGAGUUCCUCGAAUCGUCGGACACCGGACGACAGGCCAUCGCCAUGUCAACUCCGGGAGGCAGUUCCGGACGUGCAGGAGAGCAGCAUGAGAUGUCGAACCUCAAUAAACAGGGGAAGGUGGCGGAAGAAGAUGACUUGUGA